AUGUCCUUGCUCCUCUUCGCUUCUGGCCUCCCGACUGCCGAAAAGCCGCAAGCGCGCAAGUUCUACCUGCUCUCGCACCCUCUGCCAGGGUCCGAGGAAGACCACAGUUCGGCGACGCGUAGGACAGUUGAAAGCAACAUAGAGGACGACAGCUCCACUACGCCCGUCGCAAGGCUCGCUGAGAACUCCGCGUGGGAGAUCUACUAG